AUGCCGCGCGCACUUAAGGACCUCAGGGACUACCUCGCAGUCCUGAAGCGACCUGAUGCUACAGUUGUAACUGUUUACAAGAAGGCUGGUAAGGGUGGAGCCACGCUUACUAAGUUUAAAGUACGUUGCUCAAGAUACCUUUACACCCUUACUGUGCCCAACCAUGCUAAGGCUAGCAAGAUUGAGGCAUCUAUCCCAAGCCACAUCAAAAAGAUCGUCAUAGCUCCCAAGAAGAAAUGA